AUGGAGGAAGAACCGGCCCGGGGGUUAGACUGGGACAGUGACGAGACGAUGGUGGAGGGCUCGGUGACCGAGAGCGAGCGGGAGGAUGAGGAGCUGCCCCUGAAAAGGUUAUUUUUUGCUCAAGAUUCAUCUUUUAUAUCUGAUCCCAGUUUUCACUCUGGUCUCAGAGGAAUAUAUGGAGAAGCAUCCUCUCCAGAGAUUCAUCUUGUGUGCAAACUCAAAGAGUAUUUACAAGAGCAGAUGAAUAAGCACAUGAUAAAACCACUCUCUGAAGGGGGAAAUGAAACUGAAUUGUCUCAAGCUCUAACACAAGAUGAGAUGGAUUACUCACUCUUCACUGAAGAAGGCCCCCAAGAUGAUCAGGUGUUGGACUCUGAAAACAGUUACUCUGCAGGAUUUGAUGCAGAAGAUCUUGGAUUUCUACAAAGGCCAGAAAAGGAAUUAAGUGAUGGAGAUGACUCCCCUGAAAUUAGCCUACUCUCAGGUGCUGUUAUUACAAGUUAUGGUACAGUAAAAGUAAAGAAAAAAUCAUCAGAGAAUAUGGAGGGAUCCAGUGUAUUGUCAGAGUCUCUAAAGACAGUCACAUUACCUUCAAGAGAAAUCAAGGGAGAAGAUAUUCCCUGUGAAAUGUUGAUGCCCACAAUAGAAGACUCUUCAGGAUUUUCAGAAAGUAUUCUGGGUGAAUACCCAUUUAUAGUGAAUGAAUUUGAAACUAGAGAGUUGUUGAAACCCCUGAGUGAUUUGGGGAGUCCCAAAUCAAUGUCACCUUUAGAUCAUUUGCUGAUCUGUCAGGAAGAUGGUCUGUCAGAAGACAUGCAAGAAAACGAGAAAAACGAUGCAUUACCAGCUGAGCUGCUGACAGCCCUGAACACAUUGUCGGAAUCUAUGGUGGAGUCCAUCUGCCAAAGAAUGGAAAGAGGCAGUGGGCCCUGUGCUGAGGAUGAGUGCUUAGGAACAGAGCCCAGCAUUUCUCAGACAGAUGAUGAUUGUACACAAAUAGCAGGAAUGAAUUUUGAAUUUCAGCAUUCUGUUCAGCCAUUUGGACAAGGUCCCAAGUUAACUGAGCCUUUGUUUAAGGAUAUAACAAUGCAGCAAGAUAAAGAAGAUCCAAAUUCAUCUGAACGGGAAACCAUAGCACAUCAAAAUAUUGCUUGCUUUAAUGGGCUUAGUAAAGAGGGGGAUUUAAAUUCCAUGGAAACUAAUACUGUCAUGGAAAAUUCAUAUAUGUUAAGGAGAUCAGCCAGACUGAAAACAGUAAGAGCAGGAGCUACCCUGAAGAAUAUAGAUGAGGCAUAUAAAAUGCCAGAAGAGAUUCUACAGAAAACAGACAGUACACUCCCAACUGAACAUUUCAGAACACAAGAUCCUGCUUUUCAGAAUAACAGCGAUGAGAAAUCUGUGGAAUGGAGCAAAAACCAGGUUUUAUCAGCUUAUAGCUAUGACGAACAGAUAAGAAAGAGCAGAAGAACUGAAAAAAACAGAAAAAGUCGUAGGAACAUAUCAAAACUUUCAAGUAUUAAUCGAAGAGACAUAUAUGGAGAAUCACCUCUGCAUAAAGCUGCUCAGGCAGAUGACUCAGUUCUUGUCAAGAAAUACAUAAAACUAGGUGGAAAUGUAAACUUGCCAGAUUAUGCUGGCUGGACUGCGCUUCAUGAGGCAAGUGUGGAUGGAUUUUAUAAGACAGUCCUUGAGCUGUUAAAAGGCGGAGCUGAUGUAAAUUGCAAAGGGAUGAAACAGAUCACCCCAAUAUAUGAUGCUGUGUUAAAUGGGCAUUAUAAGGUGGCAGAAUUACUUCUUCAAAAUGGAGCUGAUCCAUUAUUUAAAAAUGACUUUGGAAAAUGUGCUUUGGAUGAAGCUAGUGACCCCCAUAUGAAGCAACUACUUGAACGUUAUGUACAUCAACCCAGAAGAUGUCCUACAGAAGAACAAAGAAACAGAAGUGAACUGUCACAACCUGAAGAGACAUACCAGCAGAAGAAACCAGAAUGCAGUCCCAGAAGCACUGAGUAUUUUAAUAAUGAGAACUCCAGAGGAAUAAAGGAGAUAGAGGUUUCUAAAAGAAACAAAGGGGAUUUAUUGAGGAAUAAAGGAAUUGCGAAUGAAAAUCACCAGAAAAUAUCAAGGAAUCAAAAAUUAAUUCCAACUAGGAAUAAGCAGUCAACUGUUGAUCAAAUAAGUGCCAAAGAACCCCCAAAGACACAUAUGCGGGAUGACCAUGAGCCCAAGAAAUUUGUGCCCAUGGGAGAGAGAAAAACUCUCUCAGUUCCUAAAAGAACUGAGAUGAGUGGUAGAAAGGACAAUUCAAGGAUAAUGGUGGCAGCCUCUUCAAAAAGAAUAACUAGAUCUCUUGCUCAUCAACAGCAGGAUCCUGAAACUUUUAGUAACCUUUCAGAAAAGUCUGGUACACUGAAUAACUCAGUAACUCUGAUGCUAAAAAAUCAUAAUAGUGAAAUUUUUUCAGCUUCCAAACUAAGAGGUACUAGUGAAAAUGACACAACUUCACUGACUCUAAUGACCCAGGAAGAAGCCAGCCAGAGCACAGGGCCAGCUGACUGUCAGAAAGGACUCGAUUUCUUAGAAUCAGAAAUUGUUGAGCCUUCAGAAGCCAUCCCUCUCUCUAGGCUUCCCUCUUGUGAAGAAGCCAAGUUACCAUUGGCCACUGAAGGAAAUGAUUGCACUGUUCAUCAUAAGAAACCUGUUCCUUGUGAGACCAAUGACUGUAGUCACCCAAGUCAGAAAAGUGAGAGUGUGACAGACUGGGAAAAGUGUUUCCUUUCCUUUGUAGAUAGAAAUGUUGACAGUGACAAUGAUAAUAAUGAUGAUGGUGAUGGUGGAUGUAUCUCUGAGGGGACUGUAUUGCCCGAAAAGAUGACUUGGUUUGUAAAUGAUGAAAACCAGAGUAAUUGUAAAGCAAACUCAGAGCAUGAAGAAAAGUCAAGUUCUCAACACUAUUUACUUUCUGAAACUCAAUCUUUACUCCAGGAAAAUGGUUUUCAAGCAGGUAGCCUCACGAUGAUUUCACAACAGGACAUUAACUUAUCUGAUUCAGAUUGCACUGUUAUUUCUGAAAGGUACAUUGUAAAUGAUGGACAGAAUAUUAAAAGAACUACUUCUCAUGUUGACCCUGAGCAGAUUCCCCUAGCUAGUAUAAGGGCAAUGUCAGUGCCUGACUUAUCAGGGCAAAUUAGUGGAGUGGAAAUAUCCAGCAGUCUUCACCAUAAUAACAGCACAGCACCAAGUUCUGUCGUUAAUCAGACAGAUGAGGAGAGAGUGACGAAUUUGAGGGGAAAGGAGAGUUCAGAAAGAAACUGCACUGAGAAAACUCAAGAGGGCCAUCAGAACAGUACUGAGUGCAUUGAACAGUCUUGUGGAAACGAAGCAGCUAAAAUGGUAAAAAAGCCAUUAGAACUUCCAGGGAGUGAGGCAACUCCAAAUAAAAAUGUGCAGUCUACCAAAAACAUGAAUGAGGAUUUAAGAGACGCCUCACACCUUAAGAAAGGGAUAGAGAAGACAAAUACUUCCCAAUCAGACAAGGAAAUGACUGAUAAUGUAAACAGAGAGCAAAGCACUGAACGAAGCCAUGAGGAGGCAAAAGAAAAAAGAAGUCCAGAUACUCACAUGCCUAGAAAUUUACAACUAUGUGAAAAAAGAGUUCAGAUUAAAAGAAAAAGACAAGAUCUUCAAGAGACUACCAAUAGUCAAGAUCUGAGUUCCCGUAUAAGUACAAAUAAGGAUUUACAGAAUCAAUCACAGCAAGAGGAUUCUCCUGAUCCUAAAACUUCCACAAUUCCAGAAUUUACAGCAUUUGGCAAAGAGGGUACGGUCUUGCCUGACAAACCUAGUUGUGGGGCAGUAACUAAAGUCCAAAAGAGGAAUGCCAAAGGCAAAAGUCGUCUGCAUUUAGCUGCCAAAAGAGGAGAUUUGUCGCUAGUCAAAGCACUAAUAGAAUCUGGAGCCUAUGUAAACCAAAAGGAUAAUGCAGGAUGGACAGCACUUCAUGAAGCAGCUAAUAAGGGAUUUAAUGAAGUGAUGGUGGAGUUAUUGAAAGCUGGUGCUAAUGUUAAUAGUGAAAGCCUGGAUGGGCUUUUGCCCAUUCAUAAUGCUGUUUCAGGCAAUCAUUUAAAGGCUGCUGAGAUCCUUCUGCAACAUGGUUCAGAGCAUAAUCAAAAGGAUGGGGAUCAAAAGAGUGCUCUGGAUAGAGCAGAUGAUGAAAAGAUGAAGAAGCUGCUAAAGUCUUACAGUGGAAAUGAAACUGGAGAGAUUUGUGACACUAAAGUCACUGAAAAACUUUCUUCAAGGUCAAAAAGACAAAAACAACAUUCUUGCUGCAAAUCUAAACAUGCUGGUCCACUUUCAUUUUCACACCAAGAUUCAACAAGAGAAAGAACUCCCAUGCAUGAGUCCAUUUGUACCAUUUUACAAGACAUAGAAGAAAAGCAAGAAAGCCUAUUGCUGUUUGAAAUAAGAACACCCAAAGAUGCUGACCAAUACAGUGAGAAGAUGUUACAGAUUAAGGAUAUUAUGGACAGUGUGCUUGCCAAGCAGAAAAAAGAAAGGGAUGAUCUUGCUAAGAAAUACAGGGCUUCUGUGGAGUCUUUCAAACAUGGGGCACUGAGAGAACAACUGGCUAACUUGGCCACUCGACAAAAGAGCCUUUUAAUGGUGGCCCAGAAGCAAAAGAAGUUAAGCCAGAAAAUACAAAAUUAUAAGAACACAAGAAACAGGUCUGGUCUGAGUGUGAGGGGAGAAUCAUGUGAUUCAAGGAAUUCCAGUGAAAAUGAUGAGGGCAGCUACCCUACUCCUGUGGAAAGAACAACACAGCCUGAAUCAGUUUCUGUACCUGUGGGGUCCCCUGCCAGUCUCAUGAGUGGAAGUGGUCAAAAAACACAUUGUGCUACUGAAAAUGGGCAGGAGGACAGCCAAAAUCUAGACAGCUGUAUAAGUGAGAGAGGGGUGUAUAAGAAAUUAGCUGAGAGUGAUUGUUUUUCUUUUAAUGAACUAAUCUCUGAAGGAAAACCUGGAGAUCAUAGGGAGAGGAUAUCAAAAAGCAAUUAUACUCAUGGCAUUGAAAGGGUUAAACUUCCUCCCCUGCCAGUGAUUUCCAGUGCUCCAACAGAAUAUUUACAAGAAGGAAGUUAUACUUCAGUAAUUACAGCCAAAGGAAGCAAAUCUCCAAAUCCCUCUGCAAUAACUGAAACUUUAAAUGUUUUAGAGACCACAAGUACAACUGUCAAAAAUAAUACCCAUCAGCCAAGCAUGGUUUGUCAGCUGGCUCUUACCAGCUGUCUUUUGCCAGGAAACAUGGCUAAGAAAACAGUUUCUCAAGACCCACCCAGGGCAGUAUCUGAAUUUCUAGUGCAGUCGUUUAUUACUCGUCAAGAAAAUGUGCAAGUAAACAGUGGUGCUUUACUUAGAAUGAAACCAAAUCAUACAGAGUCAAGACCAGUUGGUGCAUUUUCAGAUAACAAUCAAAUUAGUUUCUCUUCAGAAUCUGCCAAUCAGAAUAACAAACAGGAACCUUUAAACUACAGAGCAGAGAUGAAAAUGAAAAAAACCCAGAUCAAGGAACUGAUUUCCCUGGGAAGAAUUAAACCAGGAAAUGAUGUUUUGGAAUUCAAAAUGCAGGAUGCCACCUACAAAGCCAGUAUCUUACCGAAUGGUAAAAUCAAGUCAAAAAAUGGCGAGAUUUAUAAAAAUCCAAUAACCUGGAUCAAAGCACUUUUAGGAAGUAACAUUUCUGUGACCUGGAAGUAUGUGUGGAAUAAGGUAACAUAUCUUGGGAAAGAGCUCUGUAAGUACAUUACUGAAGAAGUGCCUAUAGUUGUGGAACCAAAUGUAGUGUUGCAAGAAAACCAGCCCUGUCUGCCAGGACCUUCCAGUGAUUCAGUACAAAACUUCACACAUUAUCUUCAGCUAAAUGAAAUCUUACUGAUCAGCAACCAAGAACUUCUUCCAUGCCAUAUAAUGGAGCAGCAUUGGAAAUUCUAUAUGACAAGCAUGGACGGGCCAUUCUGAGAUCUUGAAUUACAGUAGUGUGCCUUAUUUUGUUUAAAUUUUGUUUGUUUCAUUUGUACUAUGAAUCAAAGUUCAAACUUUAUCUUGUGGCAUCUGAUUAGGGUUAUUUUGACUUAAAAUUGUGCAGUUAAAAUUCCUGAGAUCUGUGUUAUA